UUUUUGUUUUUUUGGGAAAACGAAAGCGUGGAGAAGGUUGGCAUGUAGAAAAUUGAAUGUUGAAACCUAGAAACUCUUUUCUGACUGCAUAUUUGCUUGAUCGGAAAGUGAGAAUAUUAUAUUAAGCAAGCCUAGACUACAAAAUUGUAAUAUCCAUAUCCAUGGCCAUGGGCAUGGGGCUUUUUUCUCUCUCCCACUUUCUCUGUACGCUUAUGCUUCUGUCACAGUUUCAUCAUCCAUCGCAGGGCCAACAACAGUACCUAAACAACCAACAGCUCAACUGCGGAAAAACUAAUGUUUCUAUAUCCAAAGGGUACUACUGUAACGGGAUUCAGAAGUCCUGCUGGUCCUUUGUCACCUUCCGUUCCCGUCAACCAUAUGACUCUCCUGAAAGCAUCGCCUCCCUGCUAGGUUCCGACGCCUCGAAUAUUGCCUCCAUCAAUAACGUCUCUAUCAGCCACAAGUUUUCUCCUGAGGGGAUUGUUAUAGUUCCGAUUACUUGUUCUUGUUGGGGCAGUUUGUACCAGUACAUCGCCCCUUACACGAUUAGAACAGGCGACACAUAUUUCUCAAUAGCCAAUGAUACUUACCAAGGCCUGACCACUUGCCAGGCUCUGGAAGCUCAAAAUUAUUUCGACAGUGAGAGUCUGGAGGCGGGUGGACAACUAACAAUUCCCCUGCGAUGUGCUUGUCCUAGCCAAAACCAGACAGCUAACCACGUGGCUUUUUUGCUGACUUAUAUCGUGACAUGGGGUGAUUCCUUUUCAUCAAUUGGAGAACUAUUUGGGGCAGAUGAACAAGCCAUAGUCGCGGCAAACAAUCUGACAGAGGAUGAUAUGAUCUUUCCUUUUGCGCCUUUGUUGAUUCCAAUGAAAAGCGAAAAUUGCAGUAAAAAUCCUGCAAGUUUGUUUUGUAGCUGUCCAAAUGGCCAAUAUGCAUAUGAGUUGAAAGAUGGUCAUCAUUGUGCAUCACAAGAUAGAAACCAUCAGGGUUUCCCACUGAAAUUGGCAACCAUUUUAGGUGUUGGUAUUGGUUUGGGGUUUCUUUGUUUAGCACUAUUUGGUUACAACAUGUAUUUGCGACUUGGAAAAAGAAAGGACAAAAUCCGUAGAGAGAAUUUCUUUAAGCAGAACGGGGGCUUGAUGUUAAACCAAAGACUGUCAUCUUCUGGGGGUGGAGAAAAAUUAAAAGUACUUGCUGCGGAGGAGCUACAAAAAGCGACUGACAACUUCAACAGGAGUAGGAUUCUUGGGCAGGGAGGCUUUGGGACGGUUUACAAAGGAAUGUUACAUGACGGCAGAAUCGUUGCUAUUAAAAGGUCUAAAGCAAUAGACAAGUCCCAGAUCCAGCAGUUUAUAAAUGAAGUUGUCAUUCUUUCCCAAAUCAAUCAUCGGAGCAUAGUCAAAUUACUUGGUUGUUGUUUAGAGACUGAAUUUCCAAUAAUAGUGUACGAGUUCAUACCAAAUGGCACACUUUCCGACCACAUUCAUCACAAUUACGAUAAUGAAUCCUCACUUUCGUGGGAGAAUCGUUUGAGAAUUGCUUGUGAAGUUGCCGAAGCAGUAGCUUACAUGCAUUCUGCAGCUUCAAUCCCCAUCUUUCACCGUGAUAUUAAAUCUUCCAACAUUCUCCUAGACGCUAAAUACAAUGCCAAAGUGUCUGAUUUCGGGACUUCAAGAUCAAUCCCCGAUGAAAAAACUCACUUGACCACACUUGUUCAAGGAACAUUUGGAUAUCUGGAUCCAGAAUACUUCCAGUCAAGCCAAUUCACGGAGAAAAGCGAUGUUUAUAGCUUUGGCGUUGUGCUUAUUGAGCUAUUAACAGGGGAGAAACCAGUCUCUUUUACCCGAGCUGAGGAAGAAAGAAACCUCGUUGCAUACUUCAUUUCAUCGACAAAAGAGAACAAGUUGCUUCAGAUUUUAGACAACCAAGUUGCUAAAGAAGCUACCAAGCAGGAUAUUUAUGCUGUUGCACAUCUUGCAAUUAGAUGCUUGAGAUUGGAUAGCAAGAAAAGGCCUACAAUGAAGGAGGUAUCAAUGGCGCUAGAAGGAUUGAGACAAUCACAUAAAUGCCAAGAAAUCCGCGAACAAGCCCAAUUAAUAUGUGAUGAAGCAUCAGAGCACACUGUUAUUGAAGUUGGAGAAGAAUCCAUCUUCUCUCUAGAUUUCGAUUCUGCAGAGGUGUAAUAACUUUUUUUUUUUAGGUAAUCAGUGGCUGAUAUACCUAAUUCUGGGAGUAAAAAUGUUUUGCUUCAGACUCAGUACCUAAUUUUAUAUACAAUAUUUUACAUAUUUGUGUAGCAAUCUUGCAUUUAUUUUAGCUCAACAUGGCCAUGCUUUCUGGUUCACACCUCACUAAGCUAAUGAAGCAAAUAUGCAGUUUCAAUGUGCUUCAUUUUAGCAGGCAGGCAGCUCAUAUCAUACAACCUUGAUUUGGAAUUGAACCAUAUUUGUACAUUCCAGCGGAGGCGGUUGCAAAUGUGAGCUUGAGGCCCCCAAAAAUCUUUGAAACCCCCUUUAGCAUGUUUAUAUUGUAUAUUAAAUACAUUUAAAUUG